AGCCGAGCCAGAGCAAUGUUUUCAUCCUACUGCCGAGCUGCGCUAGUCUCUCUGCCAUGGCGCCCGUAAUGUCGCUGAUGAAGGAGGGGACAUCAUAGCAUCGUCUUUUAAUUCGCUUUAGUGAGAUAUAUCGUGUGCGUUUUGCUACUCCUGGUUUAAAUUUAAUCACAUCUAUCUGUAAACCCGCCAUGACCGUGGAGCAGAAUGUCCUCCAGCAGCAUUCUCAGAAGCACCAGCAGACGCUACUAAACCAGUUGAGGGAGGUCACAGGCACCACAGACGUUCAGCUGCUUCAGCAGGCCCUGCAGGUGAGCAAUGGAGACCUGGCGGAGGCUGUGGCGUUUCUGACAGAGAAGAACGCCAAGGUUCCUCAGCAAGAUGAGACUACCUACUACCAGACGUCCCAGGUGGCCAGCGACAGAUACAUCAGCGUGGGCAGCCAGGCAGACACAAAUGUGAUUGACCUGACUGGAGAUGAUAAAGACGACCUGCAGAGGGCCAUCGCCCUCAGCCUGGAGGAGUCCAACAGGGCCUUCAGGGAGACUGGCAUCACUGAUGAGGAGCAGGCCAUCAGCAGAGUUUUGGAGGCCAGCAUAGCGGAGAACAAGGCGAGUCUGAAGCGGACUCACACAGAAGUCUGGAGCGAUUCACCCAACCCGCAUGACAGGAAGAGGAUAGACACCUGCCCCGUGGGGCUGAAAAAUGUUGGCAAUACCUGCUGGUUCAGUGCUGUCAUACAGUCUCUGUUCAACCUGCUGGAGUUCCAGCGGCUGGUGCUCCACUACUCCCCUCCGGCCCGGGUCCACGAUCUGCCCCGCAACCAGAAGGAACACAGGAACCUUCCCUUCAUGCAGGAGCUGAGGAACCUCUUCUCCCUCAUGGUGGGCUCCAAGAGGAAAUAUGUGGAUCCCUCACGAGCCGUGGAGAUCCUCAAAGACGCCUUCAAGUCCAGUGAGUCGCAGCAGCAGGAUGUGAGCGAGUUCACCCACAAGCUGCUUGACUGGCUGGAGGACGCCUUCCAGAUGAAGGCUGAGGAAGACAGGGAGGGUGAGAAGCCAAAGAACCCGAUGGUGGAGCUUUUCUACGGCCGCUUCCUCGCUGUGGGCGUCCUGGAAGGUAAAAAAUUUGAAAACACAGAGAUGUUUGGGCAGUACCCGCUGCAGGUGAACGGCUUCAAGGAUCUCCACGAAUGUCUUGAGGCGGCCAUGAUCGAGGGGGAGAUCGAGUCCCUGCACUCAGCAGAGAACUCUGCCAGGUCUGGACAAGAGCACUGGUUCACAGAACUCCCUCCUGUGUUGACCUUUGAACUGUCAAGAUUUGAGUUUAACCAAGCACUCGGACGCCCGGAGAAGAUCCACAACAAGCUGGAGUUCCCCUCCAUGCUCUACAUGGACAGGUACAUGGACAGGAACAGGGAAAUAACGCGGAUCAAGAGGGAGGAGAUCAGGAGGCUCAAAGAGCAUCUGACGCUGCUCCAACAGCGACUGGAGAGGUAUCUGAGUUAUGGCUCCGGCCCCAAGAGGUUUCCUCUGGCAGAUGUCCUCCAGUACGCCAUGGAGUUCGCCUCCAGUAAGCCGGUGUGCACCUCCCCAGUGGAAGACAUCGACUCGUCAGCGCCCCCCGGUGGCACCACAGGGCUACAGCUGCCCCCACCUACAAGCACAGCCGAGCAGGACUCCCUGCCCCCCCUGGAGAGCUCAGCCUCCGGUCCGACCACAGCUCCCAGUGCAGCCCAGCAGCAGAGAGUACCCAUCCACAAGCCCUUCACCCAGUCCAGACUACCCCCCGACCUCCCCAUGCACCCCGCCCCCAGACACAUCACCGACGAAGAGCUGAGGGUGCUGGAAGGAUGUUUGCAUCGCUGGAGGAGUGAAGUGGAGAACGACACCCGUGAUCUGCAGGGCAGUAUUAACAGAAUCCACAGAACCAUCGAGCUCAUGUACUCUGACAAAUCUAUGAUGCAGGUUCCGUACCGGCUCCAUGCGGUCCUGGUCCAUGAAGGCCAGGCCAACGCGGGUCACUACUGGGCUUACAUCUACGACCCACAUCAGCGUUGUUGGAUGAAGUACAACGACAUCUCUGUCACCAAGUCGUCCUGGGAGGAGCUGGUCAGGGACUCGUUCGGAGGCUACCGCAACGCCAGCGCCUACUGUCUCAUGUAUAUCAACGACAAGAAGCCCUUUCUCAUAGAAGAGGAGUUUGAUAAAGAAACGGGGCAGAUCCUGAGCGGCAUGGACAAGCUGCCUCCAGACCUGAAGCAGUACGUGAAGGAGGACAACGAGCUGUUUGACAAGGAGAUGGAGGAGUGGGACGCCCUGCAGGCCCGCAAGGCCCAGCAGGAGAAGCUGGCUCUGGCCACCGCCGCCGCUGCUGCCGCCCUGGCAGCAUCCAGCACCUCCACCUCCUCCUCCUCCCCUCAGCCCAUGAGCAUCGAGUCCAGCCCUCCAGACAACACAGUCCCCCAGCAGGAGCCAGAGUACAUGGAGCAGCCGUCGCCCACUAACGACUCCAAACACCUGCAGGAGGACACGGAGAGGGCCAUCUCCAGGGCCGCCGCCGAGCAGGAGGAGAGGAGCCCCGAAGCUUUGUUAAACGCUGCGAUGAUGACCCCCAACAUGCAGGGUAUAAUUAUGGCCAUUGGCAAAUCCAGCAGCGUGUAUGAAAAGAAUGGGCCUGAGGCAGCCUUUUUUAAGGCCAUAAAGCUGGAGUACGCUCGUCUGCUGAGGUUUGCCCAGGAGGACACGCCUCCUGAGAACGACUACAGACUACAGCACAUCAUCGUCUACUUCAUCCAGAACCAGGCGCCCAAGAAGAUCCUGGAGAGGACUCUGCUCACACAGUUCGCUGACAGGAACCUGGCGUUUGAUGAAAGAUGUAAGAGCAUUAUGAAUGUGGCACGUGCCAAACUGGACCUAAUCAAGCCUGAGGAGGUCAACAUGGACGAAUAUGAGAUGUGGCAUCAGGCCUACAGGAAUUUCCGCGAGACGACCAUCUUCAUGAUGUCUGGCCUGGAGCUCUUCCAGAAGACAAAUUACAUGGAGGCUCUGAUGUAUCUCAUCUACUCGUACCAGUACAACAAGGAGCUUCUGUCCAAAGGGCUGUACAGAGGACACGACGACGAGCUGCUGGGUCAUUACCGCCGAGAGUGUUUGCUGAAAUUAAACGAGCAAGCGGCUGCCAUGUUCGAGUCGGGAGAAGAACCGGAGGUGACCACGGGUCUGGGCAUCAUGAACGAGCUGGUGGUGCCCUGCAUCCCCCUGCUGCUCAUCCACGACACUGAGAGGGACAUGCUGGCGGUGGAGGACAUGAGGAACCGCUGGUGCUCCUACCUGGGCCAAGAGAUGGAGUCCAACCUCCAGGAGAAGCUGACCGACUUCCUCCCCAAGUUACUGGACUGCUCGACGGAGAUCAAAAGCUUCCACGACCCCCCCAAGCUGCCCUCCUACUCCACCCUGGAGCUGAGCGAACGCUUCAGCCGCGUCAUGGCCGCCCUGGGCAGGGUGCCCACCCACGGGAGAUGAGCUCAGAGGGGACCCCCACCCACUAAAACCCCACCCGACCCCCCCUCAUGGCAGGCCGACCCUGGCAGACAUCCAUGGACCUCUCUGUAUACAUGCCUUCCUUAUAAAUCGAGGGGUCUCUCGCUUCUAGCUGUUAUUCCUCUGUUACUCUUUUUGCUGCUAUAGGUUUUUAUCAUGAUAAAUAUUAUUUCAUUUUUAUUUUAAAGCAGAACACAACAGAGGAAGGAGGACUGUUGGGAGGGAGGGAUGAAAUGAAACGAGAGGAGAAGUUAAUGGAACAAGUGGCAAUCAUGCAGUGGUUGAAAGCCGAGCACAUCCUGCUUCAGCUUCGCAAAACACACACGAAAAAAAAACACGUUUGAGGGUUUUUCAUAGUUUAUUAUUGUUGUUGUUGCUGUUUGAUUCAAGCUUCCCCAAGCCGCACUCAUAGCCCUUUCUAAAGCACCCUUCUCUGCUGCUCUGCCUCCAGUUUGGUACAGUAUUACCACGUUUUGUUUUAUUUUUCUAAGGAAGUAAAAGAAGAAGAAGAGAGCCUUCAGAUUUAUCAGCGGCUCAGAGUAUCUCAAACGGGUCUCAUGUCUUCGUGGACUGCUCCAGAUUGAGAUGUUUUAAGUGCUGUGGUAGACGGCCACGGACUUCCUGUGGCUUGUUAAUAAAUCGAGAGAAUAAAAUUUUAUUUAUGGCCCUUUUAGGCCAAAUAAACAAA